UAUUGCACAAAAGUUUCCAGAUCACGAGCAUCGAGCCGGCCCCACCGGAAAGCUCAAACAAGCCUCCAGCCCCCCAAAGUCUUGGCAAUCAGGUACUGUACUCGAGUACGUACUAUACCGGUUACGGUGCUGCCGCUCCCUCCUGAGUCCAAUCCGACACACGUAUACGAGUAUCAUACUGCACGCCAUACUACGGCUCCCUCUCACCACCCCUAAACCACCACCACCACCACCACCACCACCACCUUUAACUUACCCCCACAACAGAGACGCAAUGAUCUCCGAUACCCAACUGAACUCCAUCGCAAUCUUUCUGGGCACACUCAUGAUGGGCCUGAUAGUGCUAUACCACUUCCUGGCCGUGAACGCCAGCGACAACUCCAGCGACUCUGCCGAGAAGGUCGGCAAGGGGGCUAAGGCUGUACAUGCUGGACAUGGUGGACGGGCGGGGGCUGUGGGGACGAAAUGAAGCGAAUAGAAGAGGUAAGUUUGGAUUGCUUGGUUGGUUGGUUGGGGGGGGGGGGGCGAUAGAGCUGAUGGUUGUCGAUGCAGUGUGCGUGCUAGGAAGGGAAGUGGACGGCGUUCAUGGCUUUCACCCACUUUCGCGAUGGGGAAAUGGAGGGGGAGAGGGAGGGAAAGUGGACUUGCUGGACUUCUGUGCUCUACGGGAUUGUGGGGAGGAGGUUUUCUAUCAAACCCGUUGGGGGUUCUCUUCUUUUUCCUUGUGGGUGAUUUUUGCGGCGAGGGUUUUGGACACCUUUGUCAUUUCCGGGUAUGAUACGAUAGCAACACAAACACAAAAGCUUGUUCUCUCUCUCUCUCUCUCUCUCUACCUCGGGAACAAAGAAUAGAGUCUGAUAUGAUACCGAAAUUUUA